CAUAUAAUGCUCAAUACUCAUCCGUUUCCAUUCACGUAUAUACUGCUCAUCCACUUCCCCCACUUCCCCACACAUAUCCUUCAUUUCCCAGAUCUGUGCCACUUUUUACUUCUUUUUUAUUAUUAUUCAUUUUAUGCUAUUUUCCAAUGUCCCAACUCCCCAUACCCAUUGCUUGACUUCAUGACCGGUUUUUGUGUUUUCAUAGUGGAAUUUGCAUUGCAAAGAUUUUGGUUUUUUUAGCUUUCAUUGUAAUUAGCUUGUUUUUGCUUCUACAUCAAACAAAGAUCCCAUCUUUUAAAUACCCAAAGAGAGGAAAAGAAAAAUAUGGCUUCGGUGAAUCUGUGUUCUUGGGUUCAAUCUUACUCCAUUUUCAACCAAGCUUCUAGAUCCAAAUAUUCUCUUUUGCCCAGAUCCCUUCCAUUCAACCCCCUCAUGAAUCUGUCAUCUUCAACCUCCAAAACACGCGGCUUUGCAUCUAUUCCUUCAAUUUGCUCGGUCAUUACCAAAGGAGACGCGGUCAAGGAAGAAGAAGAACAACAGCAGCCUCAAAACCCAAGCUUUGAUUUCAAAACUUACAUGGUUCAAAAGGCCACUAUGAUUAACCAAGCCCUGGACUCUGCUGUUUCACUCCGUGAACCUGUUAAAAUCCAUGAAGCAAUGCGUUACUCUCUUUUGGCAGGUGGCAAAAGGGUCCGACCGGUGCUUUGUUUAGCUGCUUGUGAGCUUGUUGGUGGCCAAGAAUCCAUGGCUAUGCCAGCAGCUUGUGCUGUUGAAAUGAUUCAUACUAUGUCUUUAAUCCACGAUGAUCUUCCUUGCAUGGACAACGAUGAUCUUCGGAGAGGGAAACCAACUAAUCACAAAGUUUUUGGUGAGGAUAUCGCUGUCUUAGCUGGGGAUGCUCUUUUAGCUUUUGCUUUUGAACAUGUAGCUGUUUCUACAGUUGGUGUUACGCCUGGUAGGAUUGUAAGGGCAAUUGGAGAAUUAGCUAAAUCUAUUGGGGCUGAAGGGUUGGUGGCUGGUCAAGUUGUGGAUAUAAAUAGUGAGGGACUAACAGAUGUGGGGUUGGAUCAUUUAGAAUUCAUUCAUGUUCAUAAAACUGCUGCUUUGCUUGAAGCUGCUGUAGUUUUGGGGGCAAUUCUUGGAGGUGGAUGUGAUGAAGAUGUGGAAAGGUUGAGGAAAUUUGCAAGGUAUAUUGGGCUUUUGUUUCAGGUUGUGGAUGACAUUCUCGAUGUGACAAAAUCAUCUAAGGAAUUAGGGAAGACUGCAGGAAAAGAUUUGUUGGCUGAUAAAGUCACUUAUCCAAAGUUGAUUGGAAUAGAGAAGUCAAAGGAGUUUGCAGAGAAAUUGAGAAGUGAUUCAUUAGAGUUGCUCCAAGGAUUUGAUUCUGAGAAAGCUGCCCCUUUGAUUGCUUUGGCUAAUUACAUAGCUUACAGGCAAAACUAACUCUUUUGUUUUUGUUGGUGUAUAAUUCUUAUUCUUGUUGGUUUAGAUGAGGUUGAAUUGUCUAAAACAUUUGUUUAGACGAAAAGGCCUUGAUUUGAUGCUUCUUGUUAUGUUUGAUACAAAAGGCUUUGUGAAAGAAGCAGGAGAAAUAGUUCUAAUGUUGGAUGUAUUCUUCUACAAGGAUGAUAAUGAUAGAAUUUCGUUUUUCUCUUUGUUGCUGUAAUUUAUAUUAUAUAAAGUUCCCAUUAAAUUGGGAUUUAAUUGUUA